AUUCUCUCAUCACGAGUGCCCCGUCUGGUCUCCAACCAUGUUGCCCGUCAACUUUAAUGUCACCAGCCAUAUCAUCCCCGCCUGCUAUAUCCGAGAGUAUGCCGGCAGCACAGUGGACCAGGAGGACCAGCUCCAUCUUCAUGUGAAGCAGUACACCCCGCUGGACCUUCCCGACCCUGUCCCAGACGGUGCGGUCACCAUCAUUGCUGCUCAUGCUGUGGGGUUUCCAAAGGAAAUCUACGAACCACUAUGGGAUGAGCUCCUGACGCGAUCGAAACAAUCCAAUUUCCAUAUCCGCGGCAUCUGGAUCGCCGAUGUCGCAACCAUGGGCCUGAGCAGUGUUCUCAACGAAGACAAGCUCAGCAUGGACUCCUCAUGGAUGGACCAUCCCCGCGAUCUACUCCUAAUGAUCAACCAUUUCCGAGAUCAAAUGCCCCGCCCACUGGUAGGAAUCGGCCACAGCUUCGGCGGGACUAUCCUAGCAAACCUCGCCCUAAUGCACCCCCGUCUCCUAACCUCCCUCAUCCUCAUGGAGCCCGUCAUCGUCCUCACCGCACCACCAAUGGGUUUCGGCUCCGACCCAACCGGCCCCGUCAACUGGUGUCUCUACCGAGACGACGUCUGGCCCAACCGCGCCGCCGCGGACGCCGCUCACAGAAAGACAUCCAAGCGCUGGGACCCUAGAUGUCUGGAUCUCAUGACCCAGUUCGGGUUCCGGAAUCUACCCACAGCCCUACAUCCAAACCUCGGGGAUAACGCCGACCCUUCCAAUCCACCAGUAACCCUCACCACGACCAAAUAUCACGAAGUAUUAGGCCAACUUCGAGAGAACUUCACCCCCCGAACCCAAACCCCAGAUGGUAAAUUCCAACUCGACCGGUCCACGCACGCAGAUGCCGAUCCCGCACUCGCCAUCCUCCCGGUCUACAAGCCCGAACCGGCUCUCACAUGGCAUAAACUCUCCUCUCUCCGCCCAGCAACCCUCUUCCUCCUAGGCGAAUACAGCUACCUCCCCCUCCACGAAAUCCGCAAAGGAAUCAAACACUGCGGCCAAGGGAUUGGAGGCAGCGGCGGGAGAGAAACCAACCAAGUGAAAGAAAUCACGAUUCCGAAACGCGGCCAUUUCUUCCCGUUUGAAACUGUCAAAGAAACGGCUGAUUAUUGCGCUGGUUGGCUGGACGAGGUGAUGGGGAAGUAUAUGGAGUUGGAACGGGCGUGGAAUGAGAAGAGAGGGAAGUUGACGAAACGCGAUCAUUUGGUGCUGAGUGAGGAGUGGAGGAGGGUGAUUAGGCCGCCGGCUGCCCGUCCAGCUAGGAAGACCAAGAUAUAAUCACAUAUGCGGAUAUUUAACUUGGGUAUUGAGUCUGGAGAUAGAUAUAUGAUGAGAUUGAGUGCUAUUUUAUGAAUAUAUUUGAGAUUAGUAUAUAUU